UGCCUAAUUUCUUAACAUACUCGAUUAUUUCCUUUAAUUCGACAGUGCCUUCAGCUUCAGGCCGAUAAACCUUGUUUAAAGUCUUUUGGGAAUUUCUACAAACGCUCGAUAUAGAAAAUGAAGGAUUUAGUUAUCCAAGUUAUCUCCGAGGAGAGCAUCAAGCCCUCUUCUCCAACUCCACCCCACCUCCGCCAUUACCAGCUCUCCUUUCUCGAUCAAAUAGCACCCCCAGUUUUUAUGCCUUUGGUUCUCUUCUUCUCUAAUUUAGAAGCCCAUAACAGUCUGACCAACUUGCACAAACUGCAGCUUAAGAAAUCCUUGUCCGAGACCUUAACCCGAUUCUACCCACUAGCAGGACGGGUUAAGGACAAUCUCUGUCUUGAUUGCAACGACGAGGGUGUCCACUAUGUUGAAGCCAAAGCCAACUGCCAACUUGUUGAAUUUCUGGAAGACCCAGUUCCUGCUGAGCUCAACAAGUUUCUACCUCUAGAACUCGACGAUGUCAAGGAUUUAGCUGCAGUCGUUCAAGUCACCUCGUUCAACUGCGGUGGGAUGGCUAUCGGUCUUGGCAUGUCCCACAAGGUUGCGGACGCCUUGUCAUUCUUCACGUUUCUCAACAGUUGGGCUGCCAUUAAUAGUGUUCGCGGUGAGAACUGUGAAAUAAUGGUGAGCCGGCCUCGAUUCGACUCCGCCACUCUUUUCCCGCCAAAAGAUCUGACGGGCUUUGAACCGAGGACGGGGAUCGUGAAGGACAAUAUUCUGACGAAGAGGUUUGUGUUUGAUGCGUCCGCAAUAGCGGCAGUUAGAGCCAAAUACACUGAAAACAGGGAAUAUCCAAGACGCCCAACGCGCGUCGAGGCCUUGUCAGCUUUCAUAUGGACCCGUUUCAUGGCUACAACUCAAUCGAAAUCAGAUCAAGAGCGUAAGCUCUACACCGUCCUCCAUGCUGUUAACCUACGCACCAGGAUGGACCCACCUCUUCCGGAGAACUACUUCGGGAACAUAAGUCGGGUGGCGAUCUCUGUACCGUCUGUGGAUACCGAUCAUCAUGGUGAGUGUCAUGGCAUCGUUAACCAAGUUAGGGAGUCUAUAAGGAAAGUGAACGUGGAUUUCGUGAAGGAACUUCAAGAGAAUGAGGGGCACUUGAACUUCAUCAAAGAGCGAGCCGCAAGAAUAACGAAAGGAGAGGUGGUAUCAUUCAGCUUCACCAGCUUGUGCAGGUUUCCUAUAUAUGAAGCUGACUUUGGGUUGGGGAAGCCGGUGUGGGUUGGCUCUGCAAGGUUGACAUUCAAGAAUCUGGUCGCGUUUCUUGACACCAAGUCAGGGAAUGGAAUAGAGGCAUGGAUUAACCUGAAGGAGGAGGACAUGGCUAAAUUUGAAUGCGAUGAGGAGCUCCUAGCGCUUGUUUCCCCGGCCUCACGGCCGAACUAAAAAUUUCUGCAUUCUAGGACAAAGGGCUCGUGGGAGAUCUAUCAUCUCUAGUCAGGGUAGACCCUCGCCAAGAUGGCAGCUUUAGAUUAGUCUAGUGCUUGUGUUAUUUGGGUAA